AUGUGCAAUGUGUCAACAUCGCAUCGGCUCGAGUAGUGUGUACUUUGUUGACGAAGCUGAGAGCGGCGGUAGUAGAGUGUGAGCUAAAGUUUGAGUUGAGUGUUUGGUUCAGUGUGAAUUUACUAUUAAAACUAGUUUCUACCAUGGCUGAAAGAGACAAUUCCGUAUGUUUUUUGUUUGAUGUCGAUGGAACGUUAACAGCACCAAGGCAGAGAAUUACAAAGGAAAUGGAAGACUUCAUGAGUGAUCUAAGAAAGAAGGUGCCAGUAUGCCUGGUGGGUGGGUCAGACCAAGCCAAGAUUCUAGAACAAUUGGGCGGUGAAGAAGCCCUCACCCAUUUUGAUUACUUCUUUUCAGAAAACGGUCUUGUAGCCUACAAAAAUGGAGAGCUUCUGGCAAAGACAAGUAUACAAAAGUUUCUCGGUGAAGAACUUCUACAACGGUUCAUUAACUAUGCCCUUGGGUAUUUAGCAAAGCUAGAACUUCCAGUAAAAAGGGGGACGUUCAUUGAAUUUCGUACUGGGAUGAUUAACGUGUGUCCUGUAGGCCGAAGCUGCAGCCAAGCUGAAAGGAUUCAGUUCGCUGAAUUCGAUCAGAAAAACAAAGUAAGAGAGAACAUGGUUGCUGCUAUGAGAAAGGAAUUUGCAGAUACCAAUCUAGUCUUUGCUAUUGGUGGUCAAAUUAGUGUGGACGUCUUUCCAAAAGGCUGGGACAAAACAUACUGCUUGAACUUUAUCGAAAAGGAAUACAAGACAAUUCGGUUCUUUGGUGAUAAAACAAUGCCUGGAGGAAAUGAUCAUGAAAUAUUCGAAGACUCUAGAACAGUUGGAUACACAGUGACUAGUCCUGAAAACACAAGAAAGCAAGUAGCAGAGGUUUUAAACUCAAUAUAAAGGCUAUAAACUAUUUUAAUAAUUAAAGUAGGUUCCAAUAACAUUAUCCAUCUUUCAAGAAAAAACCUUGAAUAUAUCAAGAAAUUUAAGUAAUGUUGAGAUGACAAUAAUUUAUUGGAAAACCAUAUUUUUAAAUCUAUCUGUUAUGACAACCAACAUUCCUAGUAACCAUAGUGAUUGUAACUAUGUUGUUAAAUGUUAAAAUGGAUUGACGAUAAUCACUGAUACAGCAUUGUUAUAUUAACAUGCAUCAAAUUUGUGAUUGUUAUUAGUGUGUAGAAUGUAAUUUUUAAAAUCAGAUAUGGAAAAUAUUAUAAUUUAUGAUGAAAAUAUUUUUUCAUAUGUGUCCAGCUAUCAAUUAUAGAUAUGUCUGUCAGAAUUACCGUAUUUCAAUGCAAAUAUUUAUGAUAUUAAUUAUAAAUAUGAAUAUCUGUACUAGCUUUAUAGCAUAAGAAACAGGCAGCCAUUUUAGAAACUGGUGUAAAAUGAGACACAUUUUAUCAUGCAAACAGCAGUGGCAAAUUCAAAGGGUGGGGGGAGGAAGGGAAGGAGAUUGAGCUGGACCGGGGUCCCCCUAAAUUUUUUAAAAUUAUUUUUAAGAUGGAGAUAAAAGGAAAUAAUCAAAUUUAGGUCUGAGAGUGCCAUUUCCGGCCAUCUAGAGGUGUCAUAAUCAUAAAUUUUCACCAUGGUUUUGGGCCUGAGGUGUUCUACAUUCUCCAUCUGUGAAAGUCCCUCCCUAGACCCCCUCCAUUUUCAAAAUUCCUGGAUUCGGGACUGAACAGUAGAAUAGAAUAACACCCUUUGUCGUUCCAGUGUAAUGAUAAAUAUUAAUAAUUACUUCCGAUCUUAUGGGGUUGAAGUUGUGCUCAAAAUUAUGUGCCUUUUUUGCCAAUUAAUUUUAUUAAUUUUUAACUCUCAAUAUUUUAGUUGUCGUCAUCACCAGCUCAUCAAUUACCAUGUGACAAUAUACUUGCGCAAUUGCCAAGACAUUUGUUCUAAUUUUACUUGUUAAUGAAUUAUCAAGGUUUCUACUCAAAAUUUGUUUUGAUUUUCAAUGGUACUGUUGCAUAUAAAUCAGGUGGUGUUCUAUGUUUUGCCUUUCAUAAAGGCAGAAAAGAUGUUGCCUGUAAGCCACAAUUUGCCCAGCUGUGCAUUACUGUAACAUUAAUAUUAGGUGUAUUAGGUGCUGUUUGUAAAUUGUCCACACUGCUUGGACCAAAGUCAUUUUUGUCUGAAUUCAGGAAAGCAAUAAUUGAUACAAUAGUCUUCAUUCAUAAGUCUAAAAUAAUGGCAUUUACUAUGGGAUGCUUCUAUAAUUUUACCGAACCAUUUGGCAGGCAGACAUCAAGAGGUUUUAAUCAUGGACAGAACUUAUAUUUUCUACCAUUGUUUGUACAAAAGUUCAUUCUAUAAAAUUGAAACUACUGUAGUAAUUAUAUAUAAUUUAGUGAUUUAUCUAUAACAUGACCAUAUCAUUUUUGGUUUAUAUUCCACAUUUUUUCCUGCCUAAAUGUUACACAAAUAGAUUAUUUUUCAUUAAGAAUUUAAGUAUUUUUAAUAUUGUAAUAACCUCUUAAAUUUUAUGGAAUUGUAAUAAUUUGUAUCAAUAUGUAGAUUAAAUUAAUUCAAGUAAUUAAAGUCGUUGAACAAUUGGAA